CUUGUACCGAACUCAUGACUCAUCUUAAGUCCACACAAUCCAUAUGGUUUUGAAAAAUCGCGAAGCAAGAACACCGUGAAUAGCUCGCUGUACAUCAUACGGAUUACGGGGUAAGCGGGUAAUUGCAAUCAAUCAACAAUAUCCCUAUAAUAUGAAUUGGAUUACAGGAAUCUCAAGGAGAUUAUGCAAAUUAGCGCUACAGUUGAACGUAACAGCGAUGUAUACUGAUCUAUAUAAACAGCGCAGUCCCUCAGCGAUCAGUCAGGUUUUGAGCUCUUCUCUUCUCCAACCCCUCCCUCUGCUCUGUAGGUGGUGUGUGAUUCUUCCUUCUGUUCACUCAUAUCGCUUUGAAUAUUUCUUGCUGUUCUGUGAGGUUGAAUUUGAUUUUCAUAAGACAGCUUUUUUUUUCUUCUUCUUCUCCUCAUUUGAGUCGGAUGUUUUGGCAAACUGAAUUAAACGCCUCUUCUUUCGAUUGCUUUCUUCUGUUCACUUUAUCCAUGUGAAUAUUUCUUGCUCACAACAUUCUUCUUCUUCUUAGAGUGAGCACUGUCAUUUUUAGAAUUGAGGAACUCCAGUCCUGGAGAUAACUUUAUUCCACUAGGUCGUCUGCCUCCUUUCAUCUAGCUUUUCAUCCGGAUGAAAUUCAAGUCCAGACCAGAUCAGACCAGACCAGCAAAUUUCACUAGAGGAAAUGGUGGUUCGAAAAUGGUUGUUGCAUUACAAAGGUGUCUUUCAAAGAACGAUAAAGAGACCUCAAAAACCACCACUAUGUGCUGCCUAAUAAAAGGCACCACCGGUAAGGGACACAGUAGAGCAAAGGGUGGUUCAAAAAUGGUUGUUGCAUUACAAAUGUGUUUUUCAGGUCACCAUAAAGAGACCUCAAAAACCACCACUAUGUGCUGCCUAAUAAGUGGCACCACCAGUAAGGGCACAGUAGGGGAAACAGUGGUUCUAAAGUGCCUGUUGCAUUACAAAGGAGUCCGCCAAAGAACCGUUAGAAACUGGGUGCUCGAAAUACAGGAUCGGAGCCCAAUUGUGGCUUCCGUAUAUGGCUUGGCACGUUUAAAACUGCCUAUGAUGCAGUGGUGGGUUACGUGCAUGCUUAAUGAGCCAUUGCUGCUACCCUUGGAUGUAGUUUGUUUCCUGAAGAAUGUAGUAGAGAAGCAAGAUCAUCAGGACGAUGAUGCGAUGGUGGUGGAUGGAAUAUGGCCUGAUGGCUGAGGAAUGCAAUUUUGAACGGCUUACUAGACCUGUGCUGCCUCAAAUGAUUUAGUUUAUCACUUUAUUGAAAUGACAUUGGUUGUAUCUGUACCUGAAUUCAGUUUUGAAUCCCAUUUUGUUAAGAAACUAUUUGAAGA